CCGACUGGAAUAAGGAUCUCCUUUUUAAGGUUUCCCAUCUGAAACUUUUUGCGAUUGUCAACAUGCUGCAGGCUCGCGGGAUUUUCAAAAUCUUCAUUGCUACCGUGAUUUUCUCAACGACGAUUGAUGCCAAAUCAGUGGGCAUCACGUUGUCAGCUUAUUCCGAAGUUCAAUCCUGUCAGCCGUCAUCAGACAAUGCGAUAAAGGAUUUCAACAUCCAUUCUCGUCAGGACCAAAGUACUACUUUGAAUGAAACAUCUGACGUACAGCAUGGCAUUUGUUAUUACAACACAACCGAAAAUAGCAUUUGCUUGCCGCAUUAUGAAGAAUGGAGAAACAUUCACGCGGCUUGGCAUCAUCCGGAAUCGGGUGGAAAUGUCCAGCAACAACUCGGCCAGUCCAUUAUUGGUUAUUUGGACAAUCAUUCUCACUCUCGAGAACGAUGCGACAAGUCACCGGAGACUUGCGAUUGGUGUCGUGUCGGAGGCCACGUCGAGCAUUACCUGAACCGAUUAAUGAAAAAGGUAGAAUCCAUUUGUUCACUUUUCGCAAUCAAUGAGCUCAUUCACACUGGCAGUUCGGCUGAAAAGACCAACAUUUUUCGAGCUAGCGAAUUCGACCAUCUGGCCAUCUUGGAGAAUUUCAGGCAAUCCCGAUCGGAUCCGAAUGAAAUCACCUACACCGGUAACGAUCCAGCUCACGUGAAUGUAACGGGAGAGUGGCCGAUUAACGUCAGUAAAUUACUGGGCAUUUUCCAAAAGUCCAUCGCCGAGGCAGUUGAAUUAAUUCACAGCGAUUAUUUAUCAGCGCCAACGGUCAUCCUUGGUAAAACGGGAGUCACCAUGUAUUUCUUCUACCACCGGAAACCUCCUGCGGAUGCGAUGAAAAUCAGCAUCGAUAUCGCCAUCGGAGUUCAAGUGGUUGGCAAUAAUGCAAAUAGUGACGUCGUCUUAGUUCCCCAACGACCCGGAUCAGUUGGUAGUCAGCAGUGGCGUUUAUCCUAUCCAACUUUGGAGCGUGACAUGUUGUUGAAGGCGGAUGCUUCCGUUUCAAGAGUUUAUCAAUUGCUGAAAUUUCUAGCCGCACUCCACCAUUCCAGGGAUAAUCUGAAACGAGAAAUUCCAAGGAAAUCCAGCUUGACCACAUAUGUUCUCAAGACUUGUUUAUUCCGUUACAUGCACUUGUGUUAUCGACCUGAUGAAAAUACUUGGCUGGGCCAAGACGCCCUCCGUCACGCUUUCGGCGUUUUAGGUCAAUUCCCGUUAAACUCCACGGAGAUGACGUCGUUUUUUAAUCGUGACAUUGUCGAGUUCAAUAUUACUGCCGAGAGUAAGAAGGCUGCCACUGAAAUCAUUUCCAAGUUAGACAAAAUGAUUUGAUUGUUCAUUUUUGUCUUUUUUUAUUACAUCAUAUAACUGUGUGGUUGAAUUUAAAUUAAUAAUUUGGAGCUUCGCUUGUGUUAUAAUAUUUAGGCUAAAGCAAUGAAAAAUAAACAUGAAGCAAUUCAUUUACAAACAUACGUGACUGAUUAAUCGUCAUCAAAUCAGUUCAAACUUCAAUGCUUCAAUCGUUCGAU